UAAUCAGCACCAGGACUCUGUCCUAGAAUUCUGUAUGGUCUGGUCCAGACAAAAAAACAAUAGCCUACUUUUAUAGAUCUUUCUCAAUACUGAUUAUGAAGUUGUGAUAAAUUAAAUAGCAUACUGCAGAAAUGUUUGUAUUAAUAUUAUAUGGCCAUCCCCAGCCUGGCAAAGAGAUGGAUGCAUUCUGGGAAGUGAUGUGUUUCAAUGUAAUGGCUACAUAUUCCCAUGUUUCCUUCACUCAGACAUUCAUGCUGAUUCUUUUAAAUGUUUGAGCAAGGAUAUAAAAUAUUAAGACUGUACUUUUUCAUUAUGAUUGAUAUUUUGGCGCACUGUGUGCGACGAUCCCAGAAACCAUUGCCCAGCGCGAUUCCACCACGGUAAGUAGCCUACAACAGUCAAAUAAGGUUUUUAACGGUUUUAAGUCUGGCAAGGCAAAGUUUACAAGUACCCUGAUCACGUUAUUCCUGUUUGUUUAUCAAUUUGAAUUAAGGCAGAACAAAAGGAUGUGUUAAAAAUAUAAUGAUAGCAGAACCCUUGCUCACACAAUGACUUCUUUUUAAAGUCAUUCAUUUUUUAUGAUAUUGUGAUUGCAUGAAUACAUAAGAGGAGCAUUUACUUAACGUCUUAGCCUAGUAGUUAUUUAUAUUGUAAUAUGUAGUUUGUUGAUCUAUUCUAUUUUGGUUUGUUCUUCUCUUUCUCUGCAGGUUCCUUAAUCUCAUCUUAUCCCUCAUCUUAAUACUUAUUAGCAGCAUCUUAUUUUUAAAAAAAGGCACUUUUAAGAGCCACAUUUGUCUUGUUACUUUCUCUACUGUUGUAUUGUGUUUUCUCUCUCUCUCUUGAGGUCUUACUGUCUCUUCUCCCUCCCUUUCGAGUGGUGUUUUUGUUUGUCUGUCUUGUAUUUUGUUUGUCCCUGUGUGUUUAUAGUGUGUUUAUAUUGUGUGCCGUGUCCGAUCCUGAGAUGGACCGUCACCUGAAGGAGAUUAGUCGAUCAGGCUGCACAUCAGGCUCACCUCCAAGAGCUUGAACAGCUCAUUAGCAUGCACCAGGAAGCAGAACCAUCCACCAGUCAGCCUUCCAUCAGUCAUCUAUCCACCAGCCAGCCAUCAAACAGCAAGCAAGAGGUUAGGUGGAUUAAGAGGGACAGUGAUGGAAACAUUUACGGCAGGCCCAGAUCAUCCCGAAAACGAGGUCCCAGUCACAGCCAGAGUCGGAAGACAGGUGUCUCUCAUGUCAGGGCUCCGGAAACCAGUGGGGAAGUGACCAGUGACUUUCCUUCCGUUACUGCAGAGUCCUUCCUUCAAGAGCUUAAAUGCUCACUGGGUGAGGACAUACAUGAGGAUGAAACACCACCUCAAGCCUCAACAGACUGGUCGACCCGAAAGAGCCUCAUAUCAGGGUGGUGGGAGAAAGAGAGACCCCGACUGGUCAACACCAUGGUGGCUCGACAACAUGCGGCAACUCAGAUCUGCCAACAUUGUGGAAACGGUCCAGCCGUUAUCCGUUGUUGUGACUGCCGACCACACCCAUUCCUCUGUGGCCAGUGUGAUGUCAGGGUCCACCAAGGUCAAGUGUUUCACAACAGGGAUUCGAUGACACUUGCAUUUUUUCAUCCGUUGUCUCCCACAACUUGUGUUGUGGAGAGGGUUCUAACCCAGUGUGAGCGUCUUGUACCUUUGGAGAUGCCAGAGACAAUAUGCGGUUGUCUACAAGGAUCGUCCAGUGUCAUAGCAGGACAGUCCAUAGUUGUGGUUACAAUGAAUGGGCGAUAUGAUCUCAGAUUGCCUCAGAUUAGAUGCAAGGCAUGUGAAGCCACUUGGAGUCCUGGAGUGGAUGACCUGAUCCAUAAUGACUACUGGCCUGCCACUUCUCACCAUUCAACUGUGUACGCGACAGAUGUCCUUUUUUCUUUUGAAGAGCUGAAGAUGGCAGCACGAGGGAUGUCUAGCCAAGCAUUUCUUAGAAUGCUGGAUCAACGCACUGUUCGCUUUGGCCGUAUAAGUAUUUGUGGUAAUAACUGCGUAACUCAAUAAAUGAUACUAUGAGGGCAUGAUGAUGAUGAUAGAAAGUACACAUGAACAUUUGCACUGUUUAGGAAAAAAGUUGUUAAAUUUCGACCCUUUAUAAACAACCAUAAACUCAUGUUCUCUCAUCAGUCAUGCAGUUUGCACUGAAACAUUUCUGAAAAAACAGGUCAUUCUGAAGAUCUCAACUUCAACUCCAUUGGCUACAGACUUUGACAUCUUCUCCCCAAUAUCAUUUCCUUAUCCCAGAAGUGUUCCCUUGGAUUAAUGGGCCAAACAUCCCCCAAAUACACCAGUGUAUAGUGUAUGAGUGAAGUUUACACAUUGUUAAUUUCCUUUGAUAUGUAUUCUAAGGAUUGGUUACAAAAUUAGUACAAACAUCCCGAAAUGUAUCCAUUUAGAGCAUUUUACUUCAGUGCAGUACAUAUUUAAUUUGAUCUGUUUUACUGUUCUCUUUUACUGAACUCUUUUGAAACAGAGCGGUAACAUCACAGCAGACAGCUUCCGGAAAAGCUUCUUGGAGUGGGAAGCUGUCCGAUUCGAAGUGGACAAAUUAUGCCAGGAGGACCACUUUGACUGCCCAGCGUGCAGCCCAGACAUGCUUGCAGUAUCUGUUGAUGGAAACCGCAAGCACUACAGAUUCAAGAGUGCAGCAAGAUCGGAGGAACAAGCCAUCUUUGAUGGCGUGUUCAUCGCGAAUGAUGAUGACGUCGCAAGAUUCGUGGACUAUGUCCAUACCUCAACCAGUCAUGUCUCUGGAAGAGGUGUCUGUGGAGGGCAGUGGUCAGCGGCGCGCAAAACGUCUCAGAAGUCCUCAGGAAAAACAGACGAGGAGGGCCUGGAACUCGCUGUAUGUCGUCAUGGGGUUCUCCUUCGUGCCCUUAAUAUGUUCAGGGGGGAGAUUUUUGCCUACCCCCUGUACCUCCAAAAGCAAAUGGCCUGUAAGCAAGUGACAUUUUUCGCUAUGGAUGUGGCAUGCAAGUACUGGCCUUACCUCCGGAGAGUGACAGAGAAAUGCCCUGAGCUUCAGGAUCUCCUCACCAUGAGGCCAUUUCUUUCUGUUUUUCAUGCCAAAGCUCAUGAUUUCAAAUGUGAGGUAAAAUGGAGUGGACCGUAUCAGGAGGGCGCUGGUUCGACUCUUGGGGAAGAGGUGGAGCAGUGCAACGCCUUCCUCUCAAGGAUUGCUGUUACCACAAAGCACAUGUCAAAAGCAGGACGCAUAGACAUGCUGACGGUCAUGGCCAUGCGCUGGAACCAACGAAAGUUUGACAACUUGGCUUCCACCCUUGCCCGCCGAUAUCGGAAGGCCACAAUAGCCCUGCAAUGCCAGUUGCAUAACCUGCAGGCCAUGAAAAUGGAAAUGGACAUCACAGACAAUCAACUGGAGAGCUGGAUCAUUGAUAUCAAUGAGUGGGCAGAAGCAACAACAUCCCCAAACGAUGCUGAUCUUGCUGCUGUAGCCAGCCGAAUUGAGGAGCUGGUGGCAAAUGUUAAAAGGAGGUCCCAGCGUCUUUAUAAAGAUAAUGACGGAUGCAAAGGACGUGCCCAGAUCCGCCGAAAGAUCUGGGAGGAAAAAAAAGUACUUUCUGUAGUGGAAAAGUAUAACACCUUGGUUCCUAAUGCAGAACAUCUGACCUUAGACACCAUUCUAUCUGACAAGAUUGUUUGGCCAUGGCAGCUUACACACAGUGACUCUGUAGAUCUAAGGACGAAGAGGAAGGCGUUCGACAUAGUGAUGGCAGUCAGGAGACUUGAGGAGGAGAAGAGGAUUCUUAUUGCAGAGAUGAACAAGCAUUGGAAGUCUCUUUGCACCCGUGCAGACACAUGUCAUCCCAGCUUUCUAAUGUGACAUCAGGCGAGACGUGGGGCCUGCUUCAAGAUGGGGUCCAAGGUCAACAGAGCUUGACGAUGAAGAACAAACAAGCAAGCAACAGCCUGGCAAAGCAUGCAAAGAACUGUUAUGUUCAAGUUCUGACUGAAACAGAAAUUAACUUUGAUAGUGAUUCUGAGGAAUACCAUACCAGUAGUGACUCCGAGCACGAUUAAACAGUAUUUUCAUGGCCAGAGUCCUUUUUUAUGCUGUUGUGUGCUGGGGAGGCAGCAUUAAGAAGAGGGCUGUUGGGACAGGCUGGUAAAGAAAGCUGGCUCUGUGUUUGGCAUGGAGCUGGAGUUAAUCAUUUAACAAACCGAGGAUAAUUUGCAGAAGCAGUCUUCUGCAUGCUCAACAUUGAGGAGGUCCUUUGUCCCCAGGGCUAACCAGCAACUCAAUGUCACACAAAAGGGUAGGGGAGAAAUGGACUUUUCAGCAUGAGUCUCUCCCUGCCCAUCACAUCACUUUGUCUAUUGUCUAGUAUCCACUAUCCAUUUGACUCUCUUACAGGCUACAUUAGCCCCUCUACACAGUUUGGACUGUGGUCCCAUUAUUUACCCCUGUUGGCUUGUAUAAACUUUUUCUUUUGAAUUUAAUAUAAGUGUCUGUUCUACUUAUCUUAUCUGCUUUGUAUUGUUUUGUUAUGUUUUUUCCAUAGUCAUAUUUAACAACAUGCACAGCUUUGCACUAGGGCUGUGUGAUAUUGAAGAAAAGUUUGAUAAUUCAUUAAAUAAUGCGAUAUUCGAUAUGCGAUACGAUAAUGCUUAAAGUGUGUAAAAUAAACUUAAAUUAUCUUUAAAAUAUAUUUAAAAUGAUAUAAAAUACAUGCGUUUCACAUUCUUUUUUAUGACAAGAAAACAUCCUUAUAACUUGUGAAAGUGAACAUCAGUGUUUUACUGUAGCAUAAGAAGUGUUAUUUUAACAUCAGUGUAAACCACAGGGUUUCAGGUUAUCCUACAUUAUUUAAUAAAAGAUACUGAAUCAUAAAAUGUAAAAAUAAAAUAUUGCUUAGUUUUCACUGUAUGAAUUA